AUGAAUACCCUCUAAUAAAAAUAAACCCAAGAAAAUUCAGAAACUAUAUGCAAAAUUGACAAUUUAGAACUUAUUGCAGUUGAUUUGGACUUAUCAGAUAAAGCACAGAUUUAAUUCUAUUGUGUGUGGUAAAUGCUUAUUUGAAAAAUGAAAAAUUAUAAAGUAACAACUAUAGAAUAAUCGAAGAAAAGAAUCUAAAGCUUGAUAUAUUCAUUUUGAAAAGAAGUUAAAAAAUUUCUUAACAUUUUAAUAUUACAAUUAAUAAGAUCAGUAUCUUUGAUAGGCUUUUUAUUUUUAUUUUUUUUCAUAAAAUUAUUAGAUUUCCUUAGUAAAUCUCUAUAAUUAGACAUUAAAACUAAAGAGAAUUAAGCUUGGCUCAAUUAUUAUAAGAAUAUUUUAGAUUAAAUUAUAGAUUUCAAAUAAUCUAUUAAUGAUUCAUUGGAAAAAAAUGUAUAAACAGGUAUACAAUUCCUAUUUAAAAAGAAAAAUUAGAAAUAAAAAAUUAUGAAUAGUAAUAUAAUUACUUUGAAGAUAUUAAAUAAUUAUUAGAAUUAUAUACUUAGGACAAAUAAAAAUCAUCAUAAUUAUUAGAAGAUAAUAAUUUCAUUAAUGAAAUCUAAUAAUAAUUUGAAUAAUUAUUUAAUAAUUCUAAAUACACAUAGACUUUAGAUACUUUUAUAAAUACAAAAGAAAAAAUAAAGGAUAUUAUGGAAAUUAAUGUUAUUGAAUUACUUCCAUUAUUAAUGAAUUAAAAUGAAUCAGUAUUUAUAAAUUAUAUUUAAAUAGAAAACUCCAAGUUUAAGUAGAAUAUGCAGUCAUAAUAAAAAGGAAAUUAUCAUGAUUGAUAUAAAUACAUAAGAAAAGGAAAUUGAAAAGAGACUUGCAUGCGUAGAUUGUAUUUCUGAAAAUCCAUUAAUUAAAUAUUCAACUAUAGAAAAUGUAAAUAAAUAAUGGAAGGAAUACAGUUCAGAAUCUGAAAGGAUUUUAAAAGAGUAUAAGAAGGAGAGUAAAGAAAAAAAGGCUGAAUUAUUUAAUUAAAUAGGUUAGAUGAGAAAGAAUUAUAAUUAAAAAUUAAAUGAAAUUAGCGACAAAUUAUUUACAGACUAAUACUUAUGUAUUGAUAAGACAAAAGAAUCUAAUUAGAUAAAAAAAUUUCAAUUUAAGCAUUAGAUAAUUAAUAAUUACUGA